UCAGAUCAGUCAGAGAAAAUAAAAAACUCCAAUUUUGUACUUAUCUGUGAGGGUUUAAGAGAUUUGCCCACAUUAAUUAAUCUGUACUGUGGCCCUGCACAGACAGCAGCCAUGAACAAGGACAAAAGUAAAAAGAAGAUGAAGGGAAAAGCAGUAAAAGUUGAAGAGAAAGUGGCAGAAACAAGAGCCCAAACCACAGAUGCCGCUCCUGGAACUGACAGCACAGCCGGUCUGUUUACGGCCCCCGGGAACAUUUACACAGCCAUUCUGAGCCGCAAUGAAGCCGUCAAAGACGCCAAAAGGCUGAAGGACUUUCUAGAGCUCAGGGACAAAUAUGUGCGCAAGAAAGUUGUGUUUAAAGACCCGCUCUUUCCUGCUGAUGAUUCUUCACUUUACUUCAGCCAGAAAUUCCCCCUGAAGCUGGUGUGGAAGCGGCCAUCGGAGAUUUGUUCCAAUCCCCAGUUCAUUGUUGGAGGAGCUAACAGGACAGAUAUUUGCCAGGGAGACCUGGGUGAUUGCUGGCUCCUUGCUGCCAUUGCUUGCCUAACUCUGAAUGAAACCCUGCGGUACAGAGUUGUUCCUCCAGACCAGAGCUUUACAGAGAACUAUGCUGGAAUAUUCCACUUCCAGUUCUGGCGCUAUGGCGAGUGGGUGGACGUCGUUGUGGACGAUCGACUCCCGACACACAACAACCGGUUGGUGUUUACCAGGUCUGGGAAUAAGAAUGAGUUCUGGAGUGCUCUUCUGGAGAAAGCCUAUGCCAAACUGCAUGGUUCCUAUGAAGCACUAAAGGGAGGAAACACUCUUGAGGCCAUGGAAGACUUCACUGGAGGAGUAACAGAGUUUUAUGAGAUCACAGAUGCACCAAAGGAGUUAUAUAACAUCAUGAAAAAAGCUUUGGAAAGGGGUUCCCUAAUGGGCUGCUCUAUAGAUGCUUUGGUUCCAACUGGCAGUGAGACCAAAACUGAUAAGGGUCUUGUGAUAGGCCAUGCCUACUCAGUCACAGCAGUGGAGCAGGGUAAACAGGAGGAUGGCAGUGACACACGUAUUCGCCUGGUGCGUGUGCGGGACCCAUGGGGGACCUCUGCACCUCCCGCCUGCAGGUCAGGUGACUGGACAGCUCUUGCAACCUCUGAGGAGGACAGGAAGAGGCUGGAGCCUGUUGAGGCAGGGGAGUUCUGGAUGGGCUUUGAGAUGUUCCAGCAGACCUUCACUAAGCUGGAGAUCUGUAACCUGACCCCAGAUGCUCUGCAGGAUGAUCAGAUGCUGAAGUGGACUGUAUCAGUGAUGGAGGGACGCUGGGUGAGGGGCUGCUCUGCUGGGGGUUGCAGGAACUACCCAGACACAUUCUGGACAAACCCCCAGUAUCGCCUGCUCCUGACUGAGGAGGACGACGAUGAGCCAGAUGAUGGGGAGAAGGGCUGCACAGUGGUGGUGGCGCUCAUGCAGAAGGGCAGGAGGAGGGAGCGCUGCACAGGAGCCACAAUGCACACUAUUGGCUUUGCCAUCUACGAGGUUCCCGAGGAGAUGCAAGGUAACAAGCAGCACCUGCCCAAAGACUUCUUCCUGUACACAGCCUCUAAAGCUCGUUGCAAGUCGUACAUUAACCUGCGGGAGGUGACGGAGCGCUUCUGCCUGAGUCCAGGGGAAUAUGUCAUCGUCCCGUCCACAUUUGACCCCAACAAAGAGUCGGACUUCAUCCUCAGGGUUUUCUCUGAGAAGACGAGCACCUCAGAGCUGAUGGGUGCAGUGAUCGAGGCUGACCCCUUUUUGCUGGAUAAUGAAAAGAAGAAGAUUAAGCUCCCCAAACCUGAGGAGGAGGAGAGCGAGGAAGAAAAACGCUUCAGAGCCAUCUUUCAGCAGAUUGCUGGAGAUGAUAUGCAGAUCAAUGCAAAGGAGCUAAAGAGCGUCCUCAACAAAGAGCUUAUGAAAUUUAAAGGACUGAAGACAGAAGGCUUCACUCUGGACAGCUGCAGAAGCAUGAUAGCACUUAUGGACACUGAUGGGACAGGCAGACUAAACCUGGAAGAGUUCAAACACCUAUGGAGCAAGAUCCAGCAGUGGAAGGUAAUCUUCACUCGUUAUGACAAAGACAAAUCCAGCACCAUCAGCAGCUUUGAGAUGAGGAAUGCUGUUGCUGAUGCAGGGUUUCAACUUAACCCCCAGCUCCAUGACAUCAUCGCUAUGCGUUAUGCCAGUGAACACCUUUAUUUGGAUUUUGACAGCUACAUUUGUUGCCUGGUGCGCCUUGAGGGCAUGUUCAGAGCAUUUAAAGCCUUUGACGUAGAUGGAGACGGAAUUAUCAAGCUCAGUGCUCUUGAGUGGCUUCAACUGACCAUGUAUGCAUAGGGUGAUGACCACAGUGAUCCAAAUGGCUUCCCCAGUACAACAGACCACCAGUCUGAGGACUUUCCAGCCUUCCAGUUACAGAAUAAUUUCUGUAUUUUACUCUAGCAGUGGACACUGGUGACCCUCUGGAGUCAGUAUGUUUCAGAGCUGGAAAAACACACGGGACUGAAAAUGAGGUGGAUUAGAGCCGGUUUCAUUUCAGCACACGCUCUCUGAGCAACACAACACUGUGAUGCAGGCCCUUUAUCUCUGUGACUGACCUGCUAUGAUAUGGUGGUAAUGUUUAAUGUUCUGCAGUGAUAUAUUUCUUUUACUGUUAUUUGGUGUCUUGUAGUGAUGUCAUUCAAAUGAUUUAAUCAAAUAACUGCAUUAUUUACAUCUACACCAUCCAGAAGUUUACAGACAUCUGCUCAUCGAAUGUUUCUCCCCAAAUCAAAUGUAUCAAUAAGGAUUUUGUUCUGCUUCACUGCAAAAACAGCCUCUACUCUUCUGGGAAGGCUUUACACUAGAUGUUGGAACAUUGCAGUGAGAUCUUGACUGGAUUCAGCCACAAGCGCAUUAGUGAGUUCAGGUACUCAUGUUGGAUGAUUAGUUCUGGAUCACUCCAACUCAUCCCAAAUGUAUUGGAUGGAGCUCCAUCCCUACAGAGAACACUGUUCCACUGAUCCACAGCUCGGUGCUUGGGGACUUUAUACCCCUCUAGCUGACUACUGGCAUUUGACAUAGUGACCUCAGGCUCAUGUGCAGUUGCUACAGAGUGUCAGAGAUUCUUUUGACAGUGCUUUUCUAUGGAGAUUAAACAAGCUGAGUAAGCUGAGUAAGCAGCUGAAUUUACUAAUUACAGUUAUUUUUAGAUUUUUUAUAUAGCUUUUUUUUUUAUAGAUUUGUCAGCCAUUGUUGCACUUACUGACUGGAUUUAAAUAAAGAUUUCAGCGGUUUUAUAGUGUUUUAGAGAGAUUUUAGAGCGAUUUCUCACUCAACACAGUGAGGAUCAGGUGCAACACAGGAGCUCCAGUAAACACAUUAUUAGUCAUAGUCAAGUGCAUCCAAAUUCUGACAUGAAUCAUUCAACAGCAGCAAGGUCUGCCAGACACAGGCUGAGCCUGAUCCUGGGGUAAAUAACAAUACUUAAAGCAUUUUGUAACUAUAAAUCCUUCCAGUCCAGCUGCAGGAUAACUGACUCCCACAGGUCUUAAAGCUUAAAUACCUGAGCAAAUACAGUCAAAGCAGCAAAUGCAGGUGUUAAAAAGGAGCUUGAAUCUAGAAUCACAGCUUAACCCCUGCAAACAAUCAGUCUGUAAAGAGGAAAAUCUCAGAAAACACAAAAAUAACAGUAAUCUUAAGGUAAUAUUACAAGAAAGUGGGUUUUCUUUUCAUGGAGCUGCUGUUCAUCCAGAUAACUGACCCUCAUUGUGAGGAGCCUAUCAAUAUAUGAAAUGCAUCCACACAUCUGUGGUAUUAAAGAGCCUGUGACAAUAAGUUGAUGUUUGUAUUAAUAAAAUGAGUCUGUUUUUCCUUAA